UCCGUCGAUACGUCCCGUCUCCGAAUUCGCGCACAUGGAACUGCUGUGUGUGGAGGGGGUGAUCCGGGCCAAGCGGGAUCCGCAGCUAUUAAGGGACCGGCGGGUCCUGCAGAAUCUGCUCAGCCAGGAAGAGCGCUGCUGCCUUCGCGUUUCCUACUUCCAGUGCGUGCAGAAGGAGAUCCAGCCCUACAUGCGGAAGAUGUUGGCGUUCUGGAUGUUGGAGGUUUGUGAGGAGCAAAAAUGUGAAGAAGAAGUGUUUCCCUUGGCCAUGAAUUAUGUGGAUCGCUACUUGUCCUGUGUCCCCACCCGCAAAAACCACUUGCAACUCCUGGGAGCCGUCUGCAUGCUUUUGGCUUCCAAGUUGCGAGAGACCAUGCCUUUAAGUGUACAGAAACUCUGCAUUUACACAGACAAUUCCAUCACACCCUAUGAAGUUUUGGACUGGGAAUAUUUGGUCUUAGAGAAGCUGAAAUGGGACCUGGUGGUGGUAAUAGCAAACGACUUCCUGGAUCACAUUCUCCAUCGGCUGUCACUUCCUCAGCAUAAGGUACACUUGGUAAAGAAACACGCCCAGACCUUCAUUGCAUUGUGUGCCACAGACUAUACCUUUGCUAUGUAUCCACCAUCCAUGAUUGCUACUGGUUGCAUUGGGGCAGCAGUCCAUGGCCUCUCUACCUCAUCUGACCAUUUUUCUGGCGAGGCACUUACUGAGCUGCUUGCUAGCAUUACUGGCACAGAGGUGGACUGCCUGAAAGCUUGUCAGGAGCAAAUCGAAGCUGCCUUAGCUGAUAACCUGAAGCGAAUAUCUCAGCCUCAGCAAGAAUAUAACCCCUCCAAGAAUGCAACAUACCUGGACAGCCAGGAAGUCAGCCUGACCAGCACACCUACGGAUGUCACAGAUGUCAACCUGUAACAAGUCCUCUUGGUGACCACCCAGUUCUCAGAACGAAAAGGGCCCCUGGAACAUUCUGCCAUCACUGAAGAACUGAGGGAAUUUCCCCAGUAGCUACCAUAUUUCUAAUAAGACUGGGUUGUAGAGGACUUGGGUGGGACUCUUGCAGUAGAACUAUUUGUGUUGCUAGCCUGGGUUUCCAAGGAUCAGGAGAGCCUUCUGGGGUAAUUGAACCAAACUUAAACUUGGGAAGGAUGAGUGAGCAUAGCAUCAGUUCAAAACAUUCAUCGGUUUGGGUUGCUUCAUUGGUGGGGCACUGCUGAUAUACUGCUACUUUAUCUCAAUCUUCGCUACGUGCCUAUUGCAUGUGAGUCAAGGGAGAGAAUGCACUUUCGUUGCCUGAAUCACUUCACCUUCCAUAGUGACUUCUUGAUGUUCACCUGAAACUUCCUUGGCUAAAGCUGUUUUGCUCAGGCUGCCUUUGGUGGGCAUUAUAAGAGCCCAAACAAUAUAGAGUAUAGCACUGGAAUCCCUUUCCAGCUUCACUCAGUGCCAAGGAUAUGUUAAUUCUUUGAACAUCUAGAGUAGCACAAUCCUUGAGCCCUUCAUUUGAGAAUGAGUGGGGGGUGUGCUUGCUUUUUGUAGGUGCUUAUAAAGGUGCUGCUGGUCAUAGUAAAAACGUGGGGAGGCCCAAAGGGAUAAAUUUUACUUGCACCUGGUUGCCUUUGCUUAUUCCUGUGAGAUCUAUGAGCUGCUUUAUUUAU